AUGCCCCUCAUCGCCCGCCGCUUCUCCAUCACGAAUUUCCUCAUCGCCACGUCGGCCCUCGGCUUUCAGGUCUUCGUGCUCUACCCGUGGCAUAACCGGCUCGAUGAAGAUUUCAAGGCCCUAAGGGAGGAGAAUUUGCGGUUGAUGAGGAGGUUUGAGGGGACGUUGGGUGGUGGUGGUGGUGGUGCUGGUGGGGUGAAGGAGGAUGUUGUGGUGGUGGGGAAGAAGAAGGAGGAUUCGGCGAGAUGA